GAUGGCAAGUCCUGUUGUUAGCUCCCAAGCUUUGAGCACCACCAAUAGUUCCUACACUGAUGAUCAAUCUUUCAUAUAUGAUGAUGAUACCAUUCACGUGAAAAGCACCAUUCCUUCACGAUCAUAUGAUACAUCUAUCUCACAGAGCAAUGAAUCAGCUGAACAAAGUACUUUUUCAUCUUCUAGCAGCACUAGAAGGACUCAGUCAAGUAAAAGUGAAGUUGGUACUGUGAUAGAGGAAUCAUCUGUCCAACAAAGCUCAGCGAGAACAUCUGUGUCGUCACCGACAUCUUUUGAGCGAAAAUGGCUGCAAGAACAAGCAGUGUUUGUGGAGCAGCGAAUACUCACACUGCAGAAACAAAAGAAGAAAAGACUAAGAGAUGCAAAAGCUGCUGCUUUAAAACUGGAAAGAACGCUUCCAAUGGAUAUGCUUGCACAAGAGUGGUUCAGUGAAAAUGCUGUUACAUCGGAGAUGAGAGUUUACUUAAUUGACAAACUGCUUCCUACCCUUGUAUUGGGAGUGGAGAAGGUUCUACUGGAAGCAGAGAAGAAGGGGUUAAUUGAAGGAUAUAAUCCCGAUGGUGAAACUUCCAGGAAGUUUAACCCAAUCAACCUCCUUGCUCAAUAUUUAAUGAGAAAUAUUCCGAAGUAUUCAAACUUAUCGGAAACAUCACCGUAUAUAAGAGGAUUGCGUGCGGUUGCUGAAAAUCUUAAGAGAGAUGUCUUCGAUUUAGAGGCAAACAAGUUAGCAAAACUUAAAAUGGAGGCACGUCGACAAAGAGAAGCAAUGGAAGCAAGAGAGCGACAGAAAACUGAAGAUAGAUUGCACAGAGAAAGAUUAUUAAAGCUCCAAUAUUCACAAUGGUUGGCUGAUUCAUCAGGGAGAGUCCAACUACAGUUGAUACAAAACGCUCUUUUUUCUCAUCUGGAAAUUUCAUCACAUCUUGCAUCAGAUAGUGAAAAAGUUGUGCACUAUAGUAAGGAGCUUGAAGCUACAGAUGAAACAGGAAUUACUUUAACAGAAGCUCAAUAUGUUGAGUAUGUUGAGCAAUAUGUGAAUGAAAUGACGAGAUCUGAAUUCUCACAACUAUUGAGACAUCUUGAUCAAUGCGCUCUUGCUUUCCGUAAAACGUUUGAGCACGAAGUGUGGAGAGAAAUGUUUGUAAAGUUGUUUAAAAGUCUUGACAAUGAAGAAACAGGAGUAGUUGAUCGACAUAGGAUGUUACAUCUCCUUGAAAAGUUUUAUGACAAAGUGGAUGCAGAUUAUAAAGAAUCACUUAACAAUCCAAGAAAAUGGCCUGUCAUCGAGUUGGAGGAGCUUGAUGAUCUUUAUCCGGACUCCGAGGAAGAAGGAAGUGAGGAUACUGUCCUUGUGUCCACAGAAGAUAUGACAUCAUCAGACUGGGCAUCUGUUCCAAUAUCUAACUUAACAGGAGAAGAAGGUGCUGUAGCUUCUGAUGAAGUUGAAGUUAAGGCUGAACCUGUUGAGCAAGAAGAAGAUGAGACACUUGUGGAAGAUGGUGGUGAUAAGGGGGGAGAAGAAGAAGACAAACUUGAAGAGACAACUGAGCAAGUUACUCCAGAAGAAGAUAAAGAAGACAAAACAGAAAUAAAAGAUGAGGAAAAUGUAAUAAAAGAAGAAAGUGAAGAAAAUAAGGAAACUGAAGAUGAAACAGCUGACGACAUUGAUAAGUUGUCUGCAAAAGUUUCAUCAGCUGCAGGAGAAGGAAGCAUCUCAUCGGUGGGGAGCAAAGAAGGUUCUGUUGUAGCAGAAGAAAAGGAAGACCAACCAGAUGCUGAAGAUGUAACAACACCACAAACCCAAGAUGUUGUGAAAGAUGAAGUGACUAGUCCAAAACCAGGAACUCCAGAAGAAACAGUGGAGAAAACUGACGAUGAUGCGCAGAUUGAGAAAGAAGAGAAAUUAGAGGUUUCUACCAAUGAAGUUGAGGAUGAAAAAAGUUCCUCCCAAGAUGGAGAUGAUGUGAAAGAUGAUGCAGCAAAUAUUGAAGUGACAUCACCAGAUGAACCUGAAGUUAAAGAAGACACAAAAGAAGAAGUUGAACCUGUCAGGACAGCAUUUGAUGCAUCAAAACUUAUGGCUGAUAAUGAAAAAGGGAUUUCUCUAAUCACACCGGCUCCAAGCACAGAUGGAAGCAUGGAUGUUGGGCCAGUGAAUGUGCAGUUUUCAAAGGAGGUGUCCAGACCACCUGUUAGGAAAACAACCUCGUUCACAACAGUCCAAAAGAAGAAGCUCGUUGUACCAGCACAAGAUCUGGUGAAUGAAGAGUCAGAAAAGGUUUGGGGACAUGAUGCAAGGAUUGGUGAAACAUCUGUCAUUAAAACUAUACCUACUGUUGAGAAGACAAUUGGAAUAUCAGAAUCCCAAGAUGGGGAAAGAGAUUCUGAAACUAUUGUAACAACCACAGCUGCCGGUGGCUCUGAAGCUAUUGUUGUGCAGAAUACAGCAGACGAAAUGUAUGCUGAUGACUACUACCCACAACCUAUGGAAGUGAAGACCAGGCCAGCCAGUGCGAGUAGAAUGAGCGUCACAUUUGCAGCGGAACCACUGAUUCUACCAGACCGACCGUCAGCAGAAUUCUUCUCACAUUAUUCAUCUAGAAGUCAAUCAAGAAUGACAAGUGUAUUUGACGAGAAUCAACUUAACCAGGGAAGGUUUGUCACCUUGCUUGAUAACUUUGUUUGUGAUGAAACAAACCAUAUUACUGUGGAACAAUUAGUCAACUUUAUUCAUGGUGGGUAUGUGGAAACAGAAGAAGAAAAGAUGUCAAGAUUGGCAAGGGCAAGAAAAGAAGUAUUGUCAGCAAAGCACCGGCAAAUGGUGGACAAUUUAUUCAACAAAUGGGACAAUGAUGGGCAAGGACAUCUUGAUAUUGAUGAAGUUGAAGAUGUGCUUUCAAAAUACAAAGGUGGAAUGGAAUCAUCUGCUUUAAAGAGAGGAAGACAAGCUGUUAGACAACUAAGAAAACAUACUCCAUACCAUGAUAGAAGAAGAUUGAAUAAACCAGAGUUCCAUGUAUUCAUCAACACUGUAUGCACAGAAAUGAGUGGGGGUGAAGAGGUGUUUGAUGGUGUAGUUGAAUAUGCUACAACAACAGUUGAACGAACAUAUGCGGAACGAGUAAGGGGAGAUGCAAGAAGAAAGUGGUUGGCCCAGAUUAAAUCAGCAGCAGAAUCUGGUGGCGCAUCCAUGGACUCUGUAUAUAGAGCUGUGUUUCAAACUCUGAAUAAGGACGCUGAUAGUCAUGGAAACCAAAAGAAAAUGAGCGCCUAUGUUGGACUGUUGGAACAUAACUUGGUUUACCCACACAGAGGGAAUGUUUUACUUCGCUACGUUGCGUGCACCCCUGAUAACUCACCUUAUAUGUUGGGAAAAGCAUUCUAUGAAGAUAUGAGAGGAAUAAGUUUCUAUGCUAUUCGGCGUGGAAAGUUGGUUCAUGUGCCUCGUGUGCAAAGUCAUGGUCGAGUAUAUUUCUGGAACCCAACUCGAAAUGAAGGUGAGAGGGAAGGAUCGUUGGUGCUGGUUCCUUUGCGUGAUGCACGGCGUCGAACUUAUGGGCUUCUUGGUGUGGAUAAUGUGGAGGAUGCAGCAAAUGCUGAUCGAAGUAUUUUCUCUUCUCACGAAAUUAAUUUCUAUCAGGGUGUUGCCAAGACUUUUUCAAAUGCAUUCCAUCAUGUUGACCUGCGUCGAAAGUUACUUAGAAUCAUAGAUGCAGCAAUGUCUUGGGUCCACAGCCGUGCACCAAGAGUACGAACAAUUGUCGUCUAUUUUGUUGAACCGGACCCUAAGUCUCAAGCUGGGCAUGUCCUCAGAAAGAUGAUGACAGCAGACAACAAUACAGGGGUUACAAUAACACACAGUCGCCCUACACGGCUGUAUCGCAAAGACAACUUGUUUCGAGAUUAUCUUUUCAACUGCAUGGAAAACUCAGAAACAACAUCAGCAGAUGCAUAUGGGGAGAGACAUACAGCUUAUCCACUGAGGGAUGAAGAAGGAAGAUGCCAGUGUGUGCUUGACAUCAGUAUUGGUAAACUACGGACUCUACCAAGUCAUGAAAGAAGAGAAGUUCAAAGAAUGUUAAAACUUCUACAAGCUGCAAACCGAGAAGUUAUGAAAGAAUCCAAGAGUGGAGAGAAAACUGUAGUUCUAGAGGCUGAAGAAAGAGGAACAGAUGAAACAAGGGUAGACAUCAUGUUUGAUAGACUUAUGCUUACUGAUUUAAGAGAGAAUGUCAGCAAACUGGACAACAAUGUGUUUGCUGAACUUAAAAACUACAAGAUUCCUCCAAAGAUGAUCCACAACAUCCUUAAAGCUGUCCUUCUCUUGUUUAAUUAUGACCCAGAGAAGAACAGUGAACUUGAUGAUUGGGUCACCUGCAAACAGAUGGUCACUGGCAAGUUAAGGCAGCAGAUACUGACAUAUGAUCCAACAUCGGACAAGGAAAAUGGAGAUACGGAAGAUGAAACUGAUGCCGUGGUUGAAGCUGUUGGAAAGUUAUUAAAGGGUAUCGCUCAUGGAGCAGUUGGUAGACAUGGAUCUCGUCCAGCACAGCAGUUGUAUAACUGGGCAUUUGUUUGUUUAUCACUUAUUGAACAUGCACGGAAGAUGAGAGCUAAUGAAGGACAACCUGCUGUUACUCCAGUUACAUCAGCAAGCACCAAUGCUACAACAGAAAGUGGUGCGGAACAAAAAAGUGAGGCUUACUAAAAAUGAGAGGAUUUGGGAAAAGACCUUGCUUAAAUUCAUAAAAAAUUGAAAAUUUUAUGAUUUAGAAAAUGACCUUGCUUAAAUUUAUGUAGGAAAUAAGUAAAUUUUUAACUGUAGAAAGCAAUUUUUAGCCAGCUGCAAUUAUGGUUGAACUUUUACCUAUAGUAGUCAAACAAUUAAUGUUUUUAUCACUGUAUUUUUACAAUAAAUCAAAUUUAUAUUUAAUUAGGCUACCUGACAAUUUAUAUAAACAGCUGUAAAUAUUAUAACUUGUAAAACGUCAAUAAUUUUACCUUUACUGCUUUGACUUACCUUUUAUUUGUGUUACCACUCUUAAUCUUCGUUUGCACAAAAACUAGACUUCCUAUUUCAACCAUCUGUAUAUUUUAAACUGUAAUUGUUGAUCAUGUAUAUUCACUAUAUUGUAUACAACACUACUACUUGUGUUUAUAUAUAUACUUUAGUUUGUACAAACCUAUUCAUUUUAAAACCGUCUAGCCUUGACGGUUGACGAUACAAUUAUAAUUUUGAGCAAGAUAAUACAACGUAAGUAUUACAGUUCG